UGUGAUAUCGGGCCCCCCCUCCUCCUUUCUUGUCAACAAGGCUUGGGAAGUUUGCUGGAGGGUGACUUUACUAGAGCCACACCUUGAGGCCUUCAGAAAAACACAAAAAAAAAAGAAAAAGAAAGAAGAACAAAACGGUACCUUGCCGCAAAGCAAAUCUCUGAACCUGUGGCGGUAUGAAUAGGUCAUCGGGGUCGACCUGUCACCAAUACAGCCAACAUUCAUGCCACCAAAUGCCUUGUUCCAGAUCGACGACCUCGAGGAGGACUGGAACUUCAGCUUCAAGUUCGACUACAUCCACACGCUCAUGAUGGCGGGGGCGUUUCGAGACUGGCCACGGUUCCUGGGCCAGUGCUACGACUUCCUGGAGCGCGGCGGCCACGUCGAGGUGCAGGACAUUGACUUCCCGCUGCGCUGCGACGACGGCACCAUGCGGCCCGAAAGCGCCGUGCGCCGCUGGUCGGACCUGAUGAUGGAGGCCGGGGAGCGCUCGGGCUUCAAGCUCGACGAGUGCGGCCGCGUCGCCGACAUGAUGCGCGCCGCCGGCUUCGUCGACGUCGUCCGCGUCCCCUUUUGCUGGCCCGUCAACCGCUGGCCCCGCGACCAGAAGCUCAAACAGCUCGGGCUCUGGGCCCAGGAGAACUUUGCCGAAGGCUGCGAGGCCAUGAGCAUGGCCCUCUUCACCCGCUUCAUGGGCUGGACCAGGGACGAGGUCGUCGAGUUCAGCGCCCGCGUCCGCUCCGACCUGGCCGACACGAGCAUACACGCCUACUUUCCCAUCUAUGUCACCUACGGCCGGAAACCCUGAAGGCGGGAGGUGAGGGGAGUGUGUGGAGCAAGAGGCUAAAAAAAAGAACGGGACAACCACCACGGACUGGAAAUCUACUCCUAUUGGUUAUAGCGUCUGUGGUAAAGGGGAAUAUGACACCUGGAUUGUAAUCAUGCAGUAUUCGUUCAUCAAUGCUACCCAACCCGGCACGAAAAAAAAAUCCCGACAUGAUAGUUUGCCACAUGUGUUUGGUUCUCAAAAUGGUCUGAUUCUCAUUGCCAACGUCCC